CUGUCAGCACAUGGGCAAUACCUUUCCGUGCAUCGCACGCAAUGAGUACCGGGAUCCCUGGGGAAAAUUAGCCCGACUCCUCGGAAUGCAUCAUGAUCUACAUCUGGAUUACCUCCAACUCGUUUGCAUAGUGUAAUCCAGACUUCCGCAGCACUCAGGGAAGAGAGUUUCCUGGACAGCGCAAGUGAGCUCACAUAUCCCUAAUAUCAUCCACUCGGUGUGAGAUUGGUUGUGCACGAAUUGAAUGCGGAGAAGGUGCGAUCCGAGAAAGUGGAUGUGAAUGCUCUGCAGAGCUGUCCAGAUCGUAGUUACGACAUCGACUGCGGACUACAGGCGUUUUUCUGCCAGGAAUGUCAAACACUGGAUCUUACUGCCAUAUGGAAAGCGUCAGUCUUUCCCGGUGGAGCAUCGCCCUCACGAUUCACGACGCAGCGGCAGAUAUCAUCUGCCAUGCGUUCCAUAGAUAUCUUCGGACUCUCCGCUUCCUGUUCUCUGCCGACGCCGAUGCCUGGCCCAUCGUAAUACCCGUGCCUGCUUCACUCUAAAUGGGACCUAUAGAGGAAGGCAUUGCUCCAG